AGCGUGCGCCUAACCAUCGCGAGUGCAGUGUCAGUGCCGUGCGUGCCGGAGACCACAGACUGCCGCGAUCGACGAAGACGACCAGGAGCCGUUUCGAUUUGAAGGCGUUUUUUUUUAGGUACCAGGCAAGCAUGCGUGUAGAGAAGGCAGUGCUGACGGUGUUGGCGGCGGCGGUGUGGGCGGGGGGGUGCCAGGCCGCCACCAGCGCGUCAGUGAGGCUCUGCGGCCGCAAGCUCAGCGAGAUGAUGAGCCGCGUCUGCCACGAGUACAACAGCCCGUCGUGGGAUGAUCCAGUAGUAGAGCAACCGGGCGGGGUCCGGAGACGACGGCAGGUGGCCGGGAUAGCGGACGAGUGCUGCACACACGGAUGCACCUUCGAACAACUCACCGACUACUGCUCCAUCAGCACCAAAAUGUUGUUCCCCAGUUCGGAGUCGACCCUGGAGGCGUUGGAGGCUCACAUGAUAGCGGACCGGUCGGCGGAGGCGGCGGCACCAGCGAGCGAGGUGGGGCGCGGGCGCAGGCGCGGGAGGGGGCGGGCGCGGGCGCGGGGGCGCCGCUGCGGCUGCGCGGGCCGCCGGCGCCUCGUGCUCUCGGGUAACAUGGCGGAUCGCGUAAGAGAUGUGCCGCGCGCUGCGCCCGUGGUGGGCACGGUGUCGCCGCUGCUGACGUGGGGCCGCACUCUGCACGCCGAGCUGCCGCCCGUGGACCUCGACCGGUACGCGUACGUGGCGGUCUACUCGCGCCCUUAGCCGCCGUGUGAGCGCGGCCUAGCGCGUUUAGUUUACAUUGGAGCGAGAACAUUCUCGCGCGUUGACCAUUCUCGCUUGCGAGAAUUGUGUGUUAAAUCUGUGCCACGUUUUACGCGAGAACAUUCUCGCUCGUCGGUCAUUCUCGCACUUGUGUUGGCGAGACUUGAGUGUUUUAUUUGUAGCACAUUUCAAGCGAGAACAUUCUCGCGUCUCGGCCGUUCGAGAGAAUUGUGUGUUAUACAGUGUGGACAAGAAUCGCCGCAGUUCUUUUCGAGUUUGCGAGAGUUAUGUUUUUAAUCGGCGAGAAAUGCCGACUGUCGGCUGCCAGUUUGAGGGUGGUUAGACAUGAGCUCGCUAGUAUUGAUGUAGUGGAUCCAUUCGCACUGUGUGUGAGCAUCUGUUAGUAGCUUCAGACAUCAGUGGUGAUUAGUUAAUGCGUGUUCAAUUUGAGUUGUUCUUUUUAAUAGCUAAUGUGGAUUUGAAUUGUAGUAAAUGACACAAUAAUUGAGUAAUGUAGCAAAUUUUUUAUAUAAAAUUCUAGUGAAGUAAUUCUUUUUGUACAUACAAAUUUCCUCUUAAACUGUCUUGUAAAUCAACUAUUUAUAUAUUUUUUUAUACAACGAACAGCUAUCCAUCAAUAAAUAAUGAAAGCAUAUUACUUUAUAGUUAAAUAUUAAAUUAAAAUGUAAGAUUUCAAUAAUUGCCUUUACCACAUAAGAUUUAAAGAUCUCUUGAAUAUCUGUGAUAAUAAUUCCAUUAACUGAUAAAUUUAAUGAUUAAUUUAUGAGUUUAUAGUAACAUCACUACAAAUAGCCUUUUUAGCACUAAGCUUGUAAUUUAGGAGGUUUGUAAUGAGUAUGUAAUGACUGACUCAAUGGAUGCUGUAUUAAACUUCUAUUUGAUUCUGA